CUCCGCGCCCCGCCACCACCUCGCCGCCACCAUGGAGGCCAUCAAGAAGAAGAUGCAGAUGCUGAAACUGGACAAGGAGAACGCCAUCGACCGCGCUGAGCAGGCGGAGGCCGACAAGAAGCAGGCAGAGGACCGCUGCAAGCAGCUGGAGGAGGAACAGCAGGACCUGCAGAAGAAGCUGAAUGGCACAGAGGAUGAGGUGGAGAAGUAUUCCGAAUCUGUCAAAGAGGCCCAGGAGAAGCUGGAGCAGGCGGAGAAGAAAGCUACAGAUGCUGAGGCUGAAGUGGCUUCCCUGAACCGCCGUAUCCAGCUGGUGGAGGAGGAGCUAGACCGAGCCCAGGAGCGCCUGGCCACUGCCCUGCAGAAGCUGGAGGAGACUGAGAAAACAGCUGAUGAGAGCGAGAGAGGCAUGAAGGUCAUUGAAAACAGGGCCAUGAAGGACGAGGAGAAGAUGGAGCUCCAGGAGAUGCAGCUGAAGGAGGCAAAGCACAUAGCAGAGGAGGCUGACCGCAAAUACGAGGAGGUUGCCCACAAGCUGGCUGUCCUUGAGGGAGAACUGGAGCGCUCAGAGGAGAGGGCAGAGGUGGCAGAGAGCCGAGUGAGACAAUUGGAAGAAGAACUGCGGACUAUGGACCAGACUCUCAAAUCCCUCAUUGCCUCAGAGGAAGAGUAUUCCACCAAGGAGGACAAGUACGAGGAGGAAAUCAAACUUCUAGGGGAAAAACUGAAGGAGGCUGAGACCCGGGCAGAGUUUGCAGAGCGGUCUGUGGUGAAGUUGGAAAAAACCAUUGAUGACCUAGAAGAGAGUCUGGCCAGUGCCAAAGAGGAGAAUGUGGGCAUCCACCAGGUCCUGGACCAGACCUUGUUGGAGCUUAACAACCUCUGAGCUACUCUGGGGAGCCUCUGUCCCUCUUCCCUACCCCACACGUGCACCCUACUGGCACACUCAGGAUGUCAUCAGCUGAACUGCAUCUUGGCUACAUCCACACACCCAUUGAGAAGGAAAGCCCUGCAGCUUUACGCUGUGGCUCAGGGGUGUCUUGUCUGUGCACAGCCUGACUGGCUCUGUCCUGUAUUCAUGUCUAAAUAUUAAAGCAGUUUGACAAGA